CCGGAUGAUCUUUCCAAUAGCCAGAUCACCAUAUUUCGGCCAUGCUCUCACCUCCAUAACCCCAAAAUAUACAUGCCGUCCACUCUUUCACAUAGCUCACACAACUCGUUAGGCAACUAGAAAAAUGAACUUCCAAAUUCUCCGUCGGUUUCUCACCGUUCAACGGCGAAUGUGUACUAGACAUUGACUAGACACGACCCGUAGCUUGUAGGAAUCGACAUUCUAGUAAUAUUACGAGCUUGAAAUGCAAUUACGCAGUUUCUAUAUCGGUUCAGCCCUCCAAAUGCGAAUGCGCGCUUCAUACGAAAGAAUCGAUACUAGUUAGUUUCCGUAGAUGCUAGUAUUGUCAUUGUGCUCUCACCUCCGUCUUCUCGAUACGGUAUCUCGGAUACCUAUAGCCUGGCCUCUGCACGCAUCGUGGUGCAGCAUCUGGAAUACCAUUCUAAACACUGGUGAUUGAACACAGACCAGUAGCCCACAACAAUAUACAGCGUAUAGGUAGGUAUAUUUCCAAGUACCCCAUUCUUGAAUUGAAUAACCCCUUUGUCAACAAGAGCCCCAGUCGGCGAGCCAGUGCACGAUGCCAAUCACCGAUCUCAACUACGACAUCCUGUACACUAUCUACACUGUUAUCCCGUCAUCCUCUAUACUCCACUUCAUGCGGACUUCAAGGUUGUUCUACAUCCAUGGUGUUCCUCAUCUACUCAAGCACGUCCUCCCCACUGUCGUUUUCAAAAGUGAAGCUUCCUUCAGGUCGUUCUGCAAUUUCAUGCUCCAAUCGGAGUCAGAAGACAAAGAUGUAGACGACCGCUUCCAGUAUCUUGAAGUGCUUCGUAUUGGUCUGUUCCGGUGGGAGACCUUCACAGAGCAGAUGUUCGUCAAGGUCAUAAGUCGUGCGAAACACCUUCAUAUACUAUCCUUUGCAUCCGUCGAUGCUUUCCGCUCGACCGACACUCCCGGAGAACCAUCACAGUUUUUUAUUGAUGCCUUCAAAGAGCCAACCAGCAUCACGGAGCUCAUUCUGCAUAGCACCUCGGAUGAUUUCGGCUCGAAGCUAUUGGAGGUUAUAAUUGCGCCCAAGCUGAAGAUCCUACAAACCGAACAUCCAGUCGCUGAUCUUCCUGAUGCUUUGCUGAUUGGCAAAAAGUUCUCUUCCACCCUCGAGGAGCUCUAUCUCGGCUGGAUGCUUGCAGGCUUAACUGAAACAAGCACUACGGUCACGGAAAUCCCGAUUUAUCCUCGUGUUCAUACACUUGAAAUCUUUGGGUCUCUCCACAUAGACACAGUGUCCCUGAUUCCAGCUUUCCCAAACCUCUCUGUCUGCAAGAUUCAGUUCGAUUUUGAUCGAGAAGACUACGAUCUAGUUCUCCACCUUUACGAACAAAACAAACGUCGCCAGAUUCAGCGGAAUUUGAAGAAUGCGUCAGGGGGUGGAGAUCGUCCUUGGACCCACUUCGAUAGCCUAUGGGGAGACGUUUACUCUGUAGCAGCAUUUGCACCGCAGUUCCGCAUCCCUCACCUAAAUGUCACCCCCAUUAUCGAUCAGAGGACGAGCGUCCUCUAUCCAAUAUUUGAAGAUACGCGUCCAGUACAACUCACCAUUAACAUGGAAUGCAUGCAGUUCGCCCGCAAUCACAUCUGGAGCGCAACUGGCAUGCCGCCUACGCUGGACGUGGAAAGUAUGAAGCAACUACAGAGGUUGACCUUAGAAGUCCGGAACAUGGGCGGGCUAGGCGUCAGCACUAUCUUCGAAGGUGUUACUCGAUUUUUGAAACAUCAACACGUUACCCACCUAGCUCUGAGACUAAUGGGUAUCAGAUCUUCUCACUUGAAAGAAACACACGAAUAUGUAUUAGAGGAAUUCUACUUCGCCACUCUCGGGCGAACAAUUGCUGCCAAUAUGCCGUCAUUGACAUUCUUCUGUGUCGAGAUGCCUGAUCCAAAGCGCUUCGACGCCUGGCAGGUUUCGCGGCCGACCUCGGGGACCAUUAGAGGACUACAGGACAGCACCCAGAUAAUAUUUCUAGAAAAGAUUCCGAGAGCUAUCGCCGUUGCAAUUGUCCGCGAAAACGACCUAUUGGAGCUAGAGGACCUAAGGGUUGCAUAGGUGAUUGGGUGAUUGAGGAUAUCGAUGGAUACAGACUAUGGUGUUCCUGUGUCUAGAUAGAGGUUUCUACAGAGUACUCAAUGAGAGGUGUCUAAGAAAUUUCAUCUACGUCAAUAAAGAUGCGAUCCUCUAUUGAAAUCCCAGUCACACGGGAAACAC